AUGUUCAGUGUCGAAACAAUAUCGCUACUCGUUUGCUUGAAACUACGGUACCCUAAUCGCGUACAUCUCAUUCGAGGAAAUCAUGAGUCGCGCGGUGUGACACAGUCGUAUGGCUUCUAUACAGAGUGCUCACGCAAAUAUGGUAAUGCCAAUGUGUGGCACUACUUUACAGACAUGUUCGACUUUUUAACUUUGAGCGUUGUGAUCAACGACCAAAUAUUUUGCGUUCACGGAGAUCGUUUCCGUGAGAUCCCCCAUGAAGGUCCCAUGGCCGAUCUCGUCUGGUCUGAUCCUGACCCUGAGCGCGACGAGUUCUCCCUUUCACCCCGCGGCGCGGGGUACACUUUUGGAGCACAGGUUGUUAAGAAAUUUCUGGCUGUCAACAAUAUGUCGCAUAUCCUCCGCGCCCACCAGCUCUGCCAGGAGGGCUUCCAGGUCCUUUACGAUGAUCGUCUCAGCACUGUCUGGAGUGCGCCCAACUACUGCUACCGUUGCGGAAACAUGGCCAGUGUUCUUGAAGUGAGUGACACGGGCGAGCGUUUCUUCAACGUUUUUGCGGCCGCGCCCGAGAACGAUGUUCACAAGGACCUCCAACCCGGAAACGAAAAGUCUGCCGACGGUAAUGCAUUGCCAGACUACUUCUUAUAG